CUUAGAACAGAUGUCGUCAGAGCGCAAUAUUUCAGAACUGUUUCGUUAUGCGUUACCUUAAGAAUUUGGGAGGCGUCGUCAAAUGCAGAACUAUCCCAUUUUGUUGUGAAAACAAUGAACUUUUCACUGUUGUGCCUAAAAAGAAAAACGUCCUCCCUCUAAAACCUAUUGUAAAGUCUCCGCGUAGUCUACUCCGAUCACUUCCGAGAUCUCCGUACACUUCAUGCACUUGCAGUUUAUCUGGUAAUAUAUAUUCUCCUAAAAAGUAUUUGUAUUAGCUCCAAUGCAGAUCCGGUUUGUGCACACGGACGUUACAAAUGUUCCUGAUUUCACGAAAUACCGCCUAGAGUCUACUAAAGACCCUCAUUCACGGGCUGCUGACAGCGAAGUGCAUCGCAAGAUAUUCUCUUAUACGAUGAUGUUUGCGACUGCGAUGAUUGCCACUACAUCAGCCAAGUACACCGUUAGAAUGUUCAUUGAACCUCUGGGACCUUCCUCUAAAACUAUGGCGGAGGCCUCCACGGAAGUCAAUUUGGCUUCCAUCCCUGAAGGGAAAAAUAUUACAGUCAAAUGGCGAAACAAACCUCUUUUUAUUCGCCAUAGAUCAGCGGAAGAAAUUGCCCGCGAACGCGCUGUGCCUCUGGAAAGCUUAAGAGAUCCUCAGCUCGAUCAAGAUCGUGUCAAAGUAGAUAAGUGGCUAAUUUGUUUGGGCGUAUGUACACAUUUAGGUAAGCAUAAAACUUAUUAUAUGGGUAAUACUUCGUUUCUUUAAUUUUCUUCAGAUCUCACUGUUGGGACAGUAUAAGCCUUUUUUUCACUUUAAUCUAUGUUGGUAGUUAUUUAUAGGCUCACUAAGUUCACUCAUUUAAUUUUCACUAUAAGCUGCAGAACUGAAUGUUAUCAAUAUUACAUGUCAUCCACUUAAAGUAUUCACUGCUGCUGUGUUAACUCUCAUGAAAACAGCAAUGGUGUAGAAAUAAAGGUGACGUGUACUUUUGUCUUUUUUGCUUUGUUCAUGAAAUGAUUAUUUUGUCUGAGAGCUAUUUCCAACCCUUGAACGUUAUUUAGCCGCCUUAUGACAAGGUUGUAUGGGUUACUACACCGGUUAGAUUAUACGAUUUCAAACGGCAUCUCUAAAAACGACAACCGUUACUUCAGAUUGGAAGGCAACAGUUUGGUAAACGAUUUGAAAUCGGAUAUAAGAAACAUCUUACAUGCGACUACUGACCACUAUGACAAUGUAAAAGUGGCAGAACAAAGCGACAAAAUAACCUGUGACAAAAUAUUUAUUCCUGACAACAUUCAUCUGGUUGCAUCGUUAUUGAGUGGUCUCUAUAAGUAACUUAUCUACAUUUGAUAGAACAUAAGAUGCUACACAAACGUAGUCACAAUCCAUGAUGAUAAGAUUUGGUGCCAUUUAUCGUACGAUAUCUUCAUUUUUCCAAUUAUGCAGUGUUCGUUUGUAUUCAUUAGACAGUAGUUGCUUAGUAGUUCGUCUUGUACUAAUGAAUCGAUGGCAGCUUAACAAUAGUUCCUUUAUAUUGUUCAGGAUUCUUGUCAGAAACCAUAAAUAAGUCCUGUGCUUGAUUUAUCGAGCAUUCAAACUGGAAUGUCGAGUUCACGGGCUAAUGUCUAAUUAUAAAAGAAUUUUCAGCCUGGUAACUGUCAGUCAGUACUUAUAUCUGAAUGGUAAGUAACGAAAAUUAUUUCUGUAAAACGCUCAACUGACUUGGUACUUGGUGUUGGGAAAGGUGAAUCAAACGACGCAAAUAAGGACACAAAGAUGUGAGAUAAGAAUUUAUUUGACUCCUUGAAAUAAUAUAUGAACACCCUGUAUUUUGUGUAAUUUGUGUACAGUCAGAUUUGUAUAAAGUGAAUUGAGUAAUUAACAUCAAUUAGUCAAUAACUCACUAUGUGAACGUGUUUCCAAUAUAAUGUUAUUAAUCAUCUUUAACAAACAGAUUUAUAUUUUAUUAUUUAUUUUAACACAGAUAUUGGUACAAGGAGGCACCAAAUACAUAUGAGCCACACAAAUCUCAUUUGAUAUGUGUGAGGGCUGUGAUAUUGCCCGGGUGCCCAAACCGAAGCAGGUGGUUUUCUUAAGAGGCCACACCCCGAGCCUUCGACCUAAAAGUCUGGUCCAUAAGGCAGUGGAGCAUCGUAAAAAGAUGCAGUCCCAUGAUAGACGGUGACCAACAAUUGGACCAUGCUCCAUUUGUUCCUUCAGGAUCCUGGAGCCCAUGUGCACCAUUGGUUUGGAAUCAGGGUUUUCCAACUCCCCUAGGUGGACUCUCCAUGUCCAAUAACCCGGUUAAAGCGCCGGACCAACAUACAUAACUUGCCAAGUUAUAUAGCUACUCAAAAUGUGACUACAUUGCACAGACGAUUGGGGAAAAAUCAAUUAAAUGUUAUUUGCACUCAAAUUGACUAAGUUAUUGCUCCCCACAUCACGUUCCCUGACGAAAUUUUAUGGGAUCCUUAUGUGAUAGCAUUGGAGCAACGGUGGUACUUCUGAUUUGUUUGGUAUUUACUUUUGUUUUUAUAGAAACCAUUUUUUUUCACUCACAGACUGGAGUUUCACUAUUGGUGUUAUGUUUAAGAUAUUCCUUACUGAUUGUUCAUUACGCUGGUUUAAAAGUUCUUACCUGUGAUUUCUCAAAUAAUUAAGUAUCAGCUAAAUAUAGUGUUAACCACUAAAGUGCUGAGUUUCAUUAAUGAAUUCUUUCCAACUAUUGUUUGGUAGGCAUUUGAUGGUAAGAUUAUAACAAGGUUUGAAGUAUCUUCAAUGUCUUUACUUUAAAGGUGUUGCUGGGAAAAAUAUGACUGGUGUGACGAUUAAAGUACUUUGUCGUUCCCUCGUUCAUCGAAUACAAAAUAUUACUUUUUACAUUUCUUGACUUGUAGGCUUGUAUGUAACACACAUGCCAUCUAAGUAAAAAUUAGAUAGUGUUCAUAUGAAAUAUCUUCAUGAUAUUCACGUAUCUUGGUAUGCGAGUAUCACUGAAGAAUUAUUGCUCUAAUAUGAUUUGUUCAUAACAUCGAUGUGGUUCCAAUGUGUGAUAAUGCCUUAUGAUGUAACAUUUAUUGUACAAACUGUUAAGUAUAGAAAUUGGUUUUCUGUUUAGACUUGCAAUUAUCGUAGUAUUUCCUCUCAUACUUGACAAUCACUAUACCCAUGGUUGAUUAGGAUUAUAAUAAAAAAAACAGUAUAGAGUGGGAUGAGAGUGAACUAUUAUGACACAUUAUUAAAAGGAGCCUUAGUGAAGCGUCAUGUAAGGUUUUAUGGACUUCAUUAUUAUUUUGCUGUAAUCAUGUUAGUAAACACGUUACCUCAUGUGUUGUGCGUUUGGUCUCAUGUAUUGUAAUUGCUAACCUUUCUUCUACAGGUUGUGUUCCAGUAGCACACGCCGGCGAUUUCCCCGGAGGUUAUUUUUGUCCUUGUCACGGUAGUCAUUACGAUGCAUCUGGUCGUAUAAGAAAAGGCCCCGCUCCUCUUAAUUUGGAAGUACCUCAGUACAAGUUUGUGGAUGAAAAUACCGUCAUUGUGGGAUAAAACGGUGAUUCAAUCUCCUUGUUCGGAGCACUAAUUAUAGCGAUAUCUCCCUUUUUCAUAACAGAGGAUGCUUCUGAUUUCUAUUGAGUGUAUUUUGAGAAGUACUAACUUAUCCUUUCGUCUCACUGUUAGAAGUUACAUUUUCAAAUAUUAGUUUAUCUCCACGCUCUUUAUGUUUAUUUCAAAAAUAUAUUUCUGAGCUUAGAUGACAGUAUUAGU